UAUUGUUAAAGAUAAAUCAGUCGAUAAUUAUUUCAGAUAUUCAUAUAAAUUAGCAUCAUUCAACAGCCGUAAACCAGCAUCAUCUACUAGCCGUAAAUUGGCAUCAUCUAACAGCCGUAAAUCCGAAUCAUCUAACAGCAGUAAAUCAGCAUCACCAAACAAUGCUAGUAUAAAUUAUCAUAAAGGAUAUCAUGAAGGAUACAAAUUAAUAGAGGGCUUAAUUGAAAACAUGAUGUUAAUCCUUUAUCAUACACCACGAGAUUUACCUACAACACCACCAACAGAGCGUAAACGAGAUAUUUCUUAUCUUUACAGGGAUUGGCCAG